AUGGAGUCGGCAAACAAAAGCCAGGAUAUCUCGAGUGCCAUCGAAAAGGCCAAGGCCACGGCCGCACGGUUAUUGGCUGAAUCCAAGACCAAUCAGCCUCCAGCCGCAGCGGAUACCUCAGAAACAACAGCAGCCAAACGUACGUUUUCGGAGGUCGAAGAAGAAGAGCCUCGGGAGCGCACGCCCAUUCCGUCGUCGGGCUACCGACGAGACGACCGUGACAAGGCACCUGAAGAACACCAGGAGACAAGCGAGGAUCCCCAGAGCUAUGGGCAGAAUCGUGACACCAAGCGCCAAAGCUAUGAUUUGGCCUACGAGUCGCCCGAGAAUGGCAAUGCACGCCAGCGCUACGGACUCGGAAGCACCGAGCGAAGGCAGCAGGACAUGCGCUACGGCCCAGGCAGGGCCGAUCCUCGCACAUCGACCGAAACCACAGUGCCCAGUGAGCUGGUCGGACUGCUGAUUGGUCGAUCCGGAGAGAAUCUGAAGAGACUCGAGCGGGAUUCAAACUGCCGAAUUCAGCUAGCACAAGAAAACGGUGAUCCUGAGCGCAAAUGCACAAUCAUCGGUGCCGAUGGCGACAUUGCCCGUGCGAUCGAAAUGAUCAAGCAGUCCUGCGACAACGCUCAGCGAACCAUCUCGGGACAGCCUUCCCAGCCUUCGCAGUCCAGCUCUGAGACCAUUGUCGUGCGAUUCCCGGUUCCAAGCAACCGAGUUGGCGUGGUGAUUGGCAGCAGAGGAGACAAGAUCCGCCAGCUCGAAUACCAGAGCCGCACCACCAUUUCGUCCGAUCGAAACGCAGAUCCCGAUGGUGCCACAAAGGAUUUCAUCAUCACUGGCACCCCCGAAAACAUCGAGCACGCAAAGGCCCUUAUCAUGGAAGUCAUCAACAGCCCCAAGCCUCCUGGCGGCCCACCGGGCAGCUUCCAAGGUGGCGCUGGCGGUCCUCCUGGAUAUCCAGGUCACUUCCGAGGAGGCUCGGAUAUGGACUCGGCCAGAUACCCUGGCGGCCCUAGCGGCAUGGGACCUGCUGACCACAGCAUAACAGACCGGAUGUACAUCCCCGACAACAAAGUCUCGUACGUCAUCGGAAAGAAGGGCGACACCGUCCGAGGGCUGGAGAACAUGUACCGAGUCCGAAUCUUGGUCGAUCCAACCCCGGGUCCUCAAGGUCGCGCCGUCGCUAUCACGGGUCUGCCUGAGAGCAUCGAGGCCGCCAAGCAGGCUAUACUGGAGAAGACCAAUUACGGACGACGUGGACCUCCACCUCCCUCGUACCAGCGACAGCAAGGAUACGGCGGGCCCCAGGGCUACGGUGAUGGUGGAAACCCAUAUCAGGGCAGCUAUGGCGCCGAUCCAUCGCAACACCAACAGCAGCCGUACAACUCUCACUAUGGAGGCUAUGGUGGCUAUUACGGUGCUCAGGAUCCAAGCAGUGGCUCACAGCCACCGCAGCAGCCACAACAACAACAGCAGCAGCAGCAGCAGCAGUACGAUUACCAAGCCUAUGCGGACUAUUACGCACAAUACGCAAACGAUCCCGCUUACGCCGAUUGGUACAACCAGACCUACGGAGCCCAAGCGGGCUACGCUGGUCAGCAAGGCGAUCAAGCUGUCAAAGAAGUCAGGGCUGCAGAAGGGGCCCCUCCAGGAUCUUGA